AACGCACCAUUCGUCCAUUUUGCCUGUUGUUUGCGCCUGCGCAGUUGUGCUUGUCUGACCUUCAUAGCAGUAACCAUGUUCGCCAGGACCAGCGCGUUGGUGUUCGCCCCACAAUGUGGGCAGGUCAGGAACAUGGCUACCCUGAAGGACAUCACCAUCCGGUUGAAGUCCAUCAAGAACAUCCAGAAAAUCACAAAGUCCAUGAAAAUGGUGGCCGCUGCCAAGUACGCUCGCGCUGAGAGGCAGCUGAAGCCAGCCAGAGUCUACGGAACUGGUGCCCUGGCCCUCUACGAGAAGGCCGACAUCAAGGCGCCGGAGGACAAGGCCGCCAAGCACUUGAUCGUCGGCGUGACUUCCGACCGUGGACUCUGCGGGGCCAUCCACUCCAACGUGGCCAAGGCCAUUAAGAGCGAGAUCGCCCUCCUGACCGGCGCCGGCAAGGAGGUCAUGGUGAUCAAUGUGGGAGACAAGCUGAGGGGCAUCCUGCACAGAACUCAUGGACAACACAUCAUUCUGAACUGCAAGGAGGUCGGCCGCAAGCCGCCCACCUUCAGCGACGCCUCCAUCGUGGCCGGCGAGCUGCUCGAUUGUGGAUACGAGUUUGACCAGGGCUCCGUCGUCUACAACAGAUUCAGGUCUGUUAUUUCAUACAAGACGGACUCGAAGCCUUUGUUUUCCGUGGACACAGUCACUAACUCAGAGAGCAUGGGCGUCUAUGAUGACAUCGAUGCUGAUGUGCUGAGGAACUACCAGGAGUUCGCUCUGGUCAACAUCAUCUACAUGGCCAUGAAGGAGUCCUCCACCGCCGAGCAGAGUGCCAGGAUGACCGCCAUGGACAGCGCCAGCAAGAACGCCUCUGAGAUGAUUGAGAAGCUGACCCUCACCUUCAACCGUACCAGACAGGCCGUCAUCACCAAGGAGCUCAUUGAGAUCAUCUCUGGAGCUGCUGCUCUAUAAAAAGGAUGAGAUCUUCGUUUCCAUUACCUAAUAGCUCUUCAAAGUACUGCAGACACUGUUGAGAUGACGAGUCAAUGAACGUUUGUGCUUCUAUUUGUAAAAUAUAUGGAGAAAAUAAACCCCUUACAGAACCAAAA